AAGACUAAAGCUACUAUUUUUGCUGAAAGAAUAGGCGUUAAAGAUUUUAAUGCUUCUCAAGGCUGGAUGGAGAAGUUUGGAAAGCGUCAUUGCAUUAAAAUGAAUCGAAUUCAUGGUGAGGCUGGUUCUACUGAUAUAGAAUCGCUUCAGAUUGACAAGGCUGCCAUCAAAGAGAAGAUAGAGGGAUAUAGUGCUCGUGACAUAUAUAACUUUGAUGAAACAGCACUCUUUUAUGCUGCCCCACCAAGAACAACAAUUUCUCACCAGAAAUUUUCUGGUUGGAAAGAUAACAAGAAGCGCCUGACUGUAGGUCUCUUGUGUAAUGCGGACGGAACGGACAAGUGGUCCGAUGUACUGAUGAUUGGGCAUGCAAGAAGACCAAACUGCUUCAACAAGAACAACAAGAAGCAAGAAGCAAGUGAUCAUGGAUUCUCCAUGUAUCAUUACAAUAGCAAUGCUUGGAUGACAAGAUCGAUCUUUCAUGUUUUCCUCCGUCGCUUUGAUCAUGUCAUGAAAGCUCAAAAGCGCAAAGUUCUUUUGAUUCUCGACAAUUUCUCUGGUCAUAUAGUUGAUUAUACACCUACAAACGUCGAGCUUCUUUUUUUGCCACCAAACACCACUUCCCACCUUCAGCCAUUGGAUGGUGGUAUCAUUCGGGCUUUUAAGGCUUAUUUCAAGCGUAAACAGUAUGCCAAGGCAUAUCAGUAUAUUGGCAUGAUUCAAAAUGGCAAUCAAGAUAAAAUCGGGCCAAUUGAUAAAAUCUUUGAAAUUGAUCAAUUGUGGGCCAUGAAAUGGAUAAGAGAGGCUUGGGAAUCUGUCUCGGCAAAGACUAUUGAGAACUGCUGGAAUGCAACAAUCUUUCGCUUUAUUGAAGACGAAGAUAGUGAAGGUAGUAGUAAAAUAAUUUAUUGGUCAUAA